UUCCUUGCUUGAAAAGCGGUGAUUAAGAUUGGCACUUGCUUACAGGAGUGAAAAACAGGUAAGGGGUGCGCGCGUCUUCACACACAGAAGAGGAAAUACAGAGAAAAGGAAGACACAAACAUGAAAUGAGAAUUAAAUGAAAUAGAAUCACACUGCUGAUAGAAGCGUUAAAAAUCUAAAAUACAGCAAGAAGGGCAGGUGUUAAGCAAUAAAGGUGGGGGCAGAACAAGUCUUUUAUCCCGCCAUUUAAUUGGUCACUUUAAGAAAGAAUCCUAUCUUCCCACCGCAGCUGAGAAGACCCUUCUAAGAAGUACAGCUAAAAGGUGGAGGACUGAUAAACAACUUAGAGGUUGGUUUCGGGAACGAUAAAACAAGCAAUGGGCUGCCCGACCUGCGCCGCGGAGUCCCGAGGAGCCUGCGCUGGGCUCCUCGCGCGGGGUCUCGUCAUCUCCGGGAAGACUCGGCGCCUGGGUCUGAGCUCUCUGGGUAAGCUUUCCGGGUAGCUUCCCCGGGAGCUCGCUGGUCCUGGCCGCAGAAGCUUGAGGACCCACCCAGUGAGGAUAAGCAGCUGAAAGGCCGCGCGGUGCCGCUUGAGGCCCCGGGACGUGGGCCGGUACGUGGUCGGCCUGGCACCACCUUUCCGGGGGAAGCCACGCGCCUCUGGCAUCGCACGCGGCUCUGCACCCGCGCCGCCCGACCCGAAACCCGGCGGAAGGCACACGGGGCUGCCGCUGCGGGCCCCAGACCAGCCCAUGCUUACUCCAGAGCCUGUAUGGGAGCCGACGGGUCGGACCUCCCGGCGCGGAGUCGCCCAGCGGGUAUGUGCGAAAGGCGGGGCUGCCUACACGCGGUGCCGCGCCCUGAGGCCGGUUAUCUGCAGUCGCCGCAGUCUCCCGGCUCUGCUUGGGACGAUGCGCGAACCGGGAACCCCAGAGCGGGGUGGCUAGACCAGGCUCCGCUGCCUCCCCAGCGGCUCCUUUCUAAUCGUUCAGACGGAGCCUGGUCGACUCCGCCGGAGACUGCCAGAUCUUGUUCCUCUUCCCUCUGUCAUCUUCUUAAUUAUAAAUAAUGGGGGAUGAAGAUAAAAGAAUUACGUGUGAAGAUUCAGAACCAUCCACAGGAAUGAAUCACAUGCCCUCCAUGCUUCAAGAAACACAGGAGGAGACAGUUAUGAACCUCAAAGGUAUAGAUGCAAAUGAACCAACAGAAGGAAGUAUCCUUUUGAAAAGCAGUGAAAAAAAGCUACAAGAAACACCAACUGAAGCAAAUCACGUACAAAGGCUGAGACAAAUGCUGGCUUGCCCUCCACAUGGUUUACUGGACAGGGUCAUAACAAAUGGCAUGCUGCUUGCAGGGUUUCUCAUCAGAAAUAUCCCAGUCGUCAACGAUAAUGUACAGAUCAAGCACAAGUGGUCUUCCUCUUUGAGAAGCAUAGCCCUGUCUAUCAUCCUGGUUCGUGCUGGCCUUGGUCUGGAUUCAAAGGCCCUGAAGAAGUUAAAGGGCGUUUGUGUAAGACUGUCCAUGGGUCCCUGUAUUGUGGAGGCGUGUACAUCUGCUCUUCUGGCCCAUUACCUGCUGGGUUUACCAUGGCAAUGGGGAUUUAUACUGGGUUUUGUUUUAGGUGCUGUAUCUCCAGCUGUCGUGGUGCCUUCAAUGCUCCUUCUGCAGGGAGGAGGCUAUGGUGUUGAGAAGGGUGUCCCGACCUUGCUCAUGGCAGCUGGCAGCUUUGAUGACAUUCUGGCCAUCACUGGCUUCAACACAUGCUUGGGCAUAGCCUUUUCCACAGGCUCCACUGUCUUUAACGUCCUCAGAGGAGUUUUGGAGGUGGUAAUUGGUGUGGCAACUGGAUCUGUUCUUGGAUUUUUCAUUCAGUACUUUCCAAGCCGUGACCAGGACAAACUUGUGUGUAAGAGAACAUUCCUUGUGCUGGGGUUGUCUGUGCUAGCUGUGUUCAGCAGUGUGCAUUUUGGUUUCCCUGGAUCAGGAGGACUGUGCACGUUGGUCAUGGCUUUCCUUGCAGGCAUGGGAUGGACCAGUGAAAAGGCAGAGGUUGAAAAGAUAAUUGCAGUUGCCUGGGACAUUUUUCAACCCCUUCUUUUUGGACUAAUUGGAGCAGAGGUAUCUAUUGCGUCUCUCAGACCAGAAACUGUAGGCUGCAAUAGGAUCUGUGGCUUUGGACACAGCAAGGUCGCAUGGAGAGAAACAAUUAGAAGACUACGGAAUGGAUGUGUUGACAGUGGCAUUUUUGUCCAUCCUUAUCACAGCCCCAAUUGGAAGUCUGCUUAUUGGUUUACUGGGCCCCAGGCUUUUGCAGAAAGUUGAACAUCAAAAUAAAGAUGAAGAAGUUCAAGGAGAGACUUCUGUGCAAGUUUAGAGGUGAAAAGAGAGAGUGCUGAGCAUAAUAAUCAGAAAGCUGCUACUUUUUUCGAGAUGCACAUUGAAAUAUGUAAUGUUUAAGCUUAAAAUGUAAUAGAACCAGAAGUGUAGCUAUUUCUUUAAACAGCAUUUUUAGCCCUUGCUCUUUCCAUGUGGGUGGUAAUGAUCUAUAUCACCAACCUUAAUCUCUCUACCUUUUUUUUCAAACACCCCUUCAUCAUCCAUCUUAAUUUGCAUAAGGACAUAUCUACUUUAAUGUACUACCACAGUUUACAGUUAACAUGGGAAAGACCAGCUUCAGUAUCCUCUUCAGCUAGGAUUGCUCUAACUUUUACCUCUGACAGUUUCCUGAUUCAUAUUUGCCCAGGCUCUGAUGCUUUGAAUUGGUUUUGGCUCCUCUUUUUUGGUUUUGUUUUCGUUGUUAAACAUCAUAAUGCAGUCGCUCAUGAAUUUCUACCCUCGUUUCCCUGAUAAUCUGCCUUUUCUCCAUUUCUCCUUCCCUUACUAUCUUUCUUUAAAUUACCGUGACUGAUUGGUCCCACUAAAAUUUUAAAGUACAUGAAGUAUCUUCAUUAGUUCAUCCUCUUGCCCCCUCCAGAUGUCAAAAAACUUUAUCCUGCCCCCUAGCUGACCACGCAGAUUCCUUUAUUUCAGCUGCCCAUGUGAGUCUACCUUCCCGUAAGGAGUGCCCUAAUCCAGCCCCUUUUUUAUUUGUUUCUUAUGACCCAUAUCUUUAGGCUCUUCCCAUUUCUAGUUGGGAGAUAGGUAAGUUUCAAAUCUAUGCCAGUCUCAUGAAUAUUACAUUAGGGUAAUGUGCUAUAAUGAAGAAACAAAAAAUACAGUGCUUAAAAGAAAAUAGAAUUCUAUUUCCCUCUAAUGAAA